AUGUCUUCACCCCCCAACAUCUAUAAAUACCACUCCUCUUCCUCACUCUCCUCACAAUCUUCCUUCUCUCUCAAAACCUCCAACAAGUGGAUUGCGGGCGACGAGGCAGAGAAUCGAUACGCUACGGUAGACGGAGUCGACGAAGCGAGCGCUACGGUGCUACAGCCGAGGCGACACAGAUCCGAACCCAGCGCCGAGGCAAACGAGUUGUUUGCGUGUCGAACUCCGACGCCGGGGUGA